AUGAGGGAGAAGCAGGAGAGCGGGCGGCGGCGGGGGGGGGGCGAGGGUCAUCCGUCGGGGUUGGGGUCGCCUUGCCGCCCGUUGGAGGGGCUCCCGGCCCUGCCCCGGGGGCUCAGCGGCCUCCUCAACUCCAGCGGGGGGUCGUGGCGGGAGCUGGAGCGGCUCUACAGCCAGAGGAGCCGCAUCCAGGACCAGCUGGGCCCGGCCCCAAAGCCCCCCAGAAGGCCCGCCAACCUCGACUCCGCCCUGGCCGUGCUCAGGAAAGAGAUGGUAGGCCUGCGCCAGCUGGACAUGUCCCUGCUGUGCCAGCUGUGGUCCCUGCACGAGUCCAUCCAGGACUACAAGACUCUCUGCCACGACAUGAGCCUCUGUCAGGACAUGUCGGCCUCCCUGCACUCGGACGGCUCCUACCCCGCCGACCCCGGUUUCUCCGACGACGAGGACGAGGAGGAGGAGGAGGAAGAGGAGCCCCCGGACGCCGGGCUCCCCCGGGACCCGCCGCCGCUCCGCGUGCCGCAGACUCACAAUGCUCGGGACAAGUGGCUUCAGGACUCUUUCCACAUCACCAUCUGAGGGGAGGCGGCUCCCCACCCCUUCUCCCGAGCCCCCGGCUCCAGGCUGCCCACUCCCACCCACGUUGGGCGGCCGGGAAGCUGAGGGUUUUUCCCACCCCCUGUCUUCCCUCCCCUCUUGCAGAGUAUCCUCAAGAAGCUUCGCCUUUCUCAAGACCAGUUUAGGUCGGGAGAGCAAAGAUCAAGGCUUAGACUCCUUCCUGGGGGAGGCCUUCCUUCCCUCACCCGCUAAUAUUUUUCUUUCCCCCCAGCCACUUCCGCACACAGCUCUGCGAGGCAUCUAACUCUGGAAUGGGAGCGUCACAGCUAAUAGGAACAGCCAGCUUCCUCCUUGGCACCCCAAGCAGAGACAGCCCGAGUCCCAUCUUCAAUCCAGCCUGGGCCGUCUUCCCCAGUACCCCUCCCCGGAUGCCCAAAAGGCUGCCGAUUCCGGGGCAGUGCAGAUUCUGGGGCCUUGGCAAAGAUCAAGGCUUAGACUCCGUCCUAGGGGAGGCCUUCCUUCCCUCACCCGCUAAUAUAUUUCUUUCCCUCCAGCCACUUCCCCACACAGCUCUGCCAGGCAGCUAACUCUGGAAUGGGAGCGUCACAGCUAAUAGGAACAGCCAGCUUCCUCCUUGGCACCCCAAGCAGAGACAGCUUGAGUCCCAUCUUCGAUCCAGCCUGGGCCGUCUUCCCCAGUACCCCUCCCUGGAUGCCCAAAUGGCUGCCGAUUCCGGGGCAGUGCAGAUUCUGGGGCCUCGGCAAAGAUCAAGGCUUAGACUCCUUCCCGGGGGAGGCCUUCCUUCCCUCACCCGCUAAUAUUUUUCCUUCCUCCCAGCCACGUCUGCACACAGCUCUGCCAGGCAGCUAACUCUGGAGUGGGAGCGUCACAGCUAAUAGGAACAGCCAGCUUCCUCCUUGGCACCCCAAGCAGAGACAGCCCCAGUCCCAUCUUCGAUCCAGCCAGGGCCGUCUCCCCCAGUACCCCUCCCUGGAUGCCCAAAAGGCUGCCGAUUCCAUGGCAUUGCAGAUUCUGGGGCCUCGGCAGAUGAGAACAGUUCCCUUACCCUUUCCGAGCCCCUCAGGAAUCCUCGGGGUCUGGGGGAGGACUGUCCCAACCGAUGGCCAAGUCCCCUCUUUUCCCAAGGCCCCUUCUACUGGAAUGGGCCGGGACCUGGCCCCGAGAGACACGGGGGCCACGCUGGAGAUUUUCAAAUAUCGAGUUGCCAGUCCUGGGGACCCCACGAAUAAAUAUUCUCCGCUCUGAG